AUGUCUUCAUCCUACUUCACAACAACAACAACAGUAACAACAACCACCGCCCUCCCCCCCACCAUGACCCUCCCCGAAAUCCUCAGCAUCCUGCACUCCCCCGCCCUAAUGCUAACCAUAAACCCGCUCCUGAAAUCCGCCACUCCCCUCCCCACCCCCGCCAUCCACGCCUUCUACAAAUCCGUCCCCGCAUCCCUAAAACCCACCUCCGCAUCCGCCAUCGCUGAAAUCCCCGUCUAUGCGUGCGUCGAAACAUCAGCACCGCAAGGACAAGGAUCGAGCACGGGCGGAAAGGGAGAAGGGGGAGCAGAGGAGCAGAGCCAGGCCACAUGGCGCGGCGGCUGGUCCAAACGCUUCAUCCCCGACGAAAUAGUCUACGAGACCAGCAUGCAGCGCACGCCAAGCGGCAUGAUCGCCAUCACGCAGGCGCCGAUGGGCGUGCACAGCGUGACAACGUGGAAGGUGACUAGCAAGGGGAAGGACGGCAGUGGCAAUGAGUGCGUGUUGGAGAAGGAGGGCAGGGUGACGAGUAAUAAGAUGUUGAUGAGCUUUAUCAAGACGACGUUGCAGGGGAGUUAUGAUAAGCUAGCUAAGGAUUUCGUCGCUAUGUUGAUGAGGGAGCUUGAGAAGAAGAAGGGGGAGGGGGAUAAGGCGAAGGAGAAAGAGAGUGUUGGGGAGCCUGCUUCUGGGGAACAGGUUGAGGUUGAGGCUUAA